AUGGGAACGUCAUGGCUCUGGAGAAGGACGUGGGGGGUAGAGAAGGGUGUACCGGCCGGUAAAAGAAUACAUGGGCCUCGUUGUUUCUGGACGGUAGUUGGUAGGGAUGGAAGUUGUGGGUGGGGGUGUUGUUUGCCUAGAUCCAUGUAUCGAGUUUGUUCCUCACGCUGUUCGAUUUUGAAAAUGCCGAGUCAUUCACGUAUUCUUGUUUUUUCUUGCUUUAUUUCUUUCGUAUUCUAUAUCACUAAUCGACGAAGAGAGGAAAUUCCAGUGCUAUACCGCGUAACCAUUCUCGUCUUUCCAGAUCCAUCACUUGAGUAG